AAUGUACUACGACUUUAUCCAAGGGAAGAUAUGUUUUUCAUUAUUUUAUUGUCCAUGUGCGUUUUGUUUAUUAUUUAGCUUUAUUGCUACGCUUUUGUUCUUAUAAUAUGUUGGGUGAAUAAUAAAACUUUUAAUCAUGAUAUGGUCUUUCACGAAAGUGGAUCUUCUCGUAAAACGAAUCUUUAGGUACCUAAUUAAAGUGUACCUUGGUCAAUAUUUGGAAGGAUAUUCACAAGAUAGAUUAAGUUAUGGAUUCUCUUAUGGAUCUGGAUCUGUGGAAGAUGUUAAAUUCAAUAUUGAGGCUUUGAAUUCCAAAAGUGAAGAAUAUAAACUUCCUGUAGAAUUUGUUGAUUGCAGCAUUGAUAGUCUCUCUUUCCAAGUGCCUUGGAUGAAUUUUGCUAAUAAAAAUUCUAUUAUUGAAGUGAAAGGAUUGAAACUGAUUGUACAGCCAAAAGAAAGACCUGAUGAUGAUCCAAUGUUUAGUUCUAUGUUUGAUUCUAUGAUGACAUCUAGUUAUCAAUUAGCUGAAGAAUAUUUAAAUUCAAAAACUGAUGAUGACGAUGAAGAAGAAGAUGAAUUUGAAGGUUAUGAUUUGCCUUCUGAAGGAACAGGAGGCGUUUCAAGUGUUGCAAACCUCAUCAAUGCAUUUUUUGCAAAUUUAAAAGUUAAAUUUAUUGAUUCAUAUUUGGAAGUCCGACACAUUCCUGAACCUGAUUCUCCUGGUGUGGCAUUUCAAAUCAAGAUUGCAUCUGCUGAUUAUUUUGAUGAAGCUGGUCAAGAUUCUUCAUCACUUGGUAACAAGACUGACAGUGAAAAAUAUGAUUUUGAACUUCAGGAUUAUUCUAUUAAAAGAUUAGUUCUUGAAGGUAUGAGUAUGUUUACAUCACAGUGCUCUGCUGAAUCCAAAACUAAAAAAGCAGCUGACUACAUGGAUCCAUCCCAAUUUGUACCUGGAUCACCAGAAAUGCCACCUACACAUUCCUCCUUUCCAGUGAAAAAAACAGAGGCCAGACUGGAAUUAGAUCCCAUAUUAAUAUCUAAAUUUGUUGGAAAGCAAGAAGUGAGAUUGAAAUUGAAACAAAAGCAAACAAUUAGUGGUCCAAAAGUUGAUGUAGAAUUCAGUCUUGGUUCUUUGAAUUUAUAUCUUAUCCCUCAACAAGUUCAUAUUCUGUUUGAAAUUUUCACUGAACUUCUGAAACCAGGCUCUAAUGGUGAUACCAAACGAAAAUUACCCCUUUCUGUUGCAAACAAACCAAUGAAAGCUGCUGACUAUGCUUUAGUUGAGCAAGAGCUGUUGCGACAACAGCAGAGAUCUGAUGGUCCAUCUAAAUCACUAAAGAACCAGCAAGGCUGGUCAUCACAUUCUUUAGAUGAAUCAGAUGAUGAAUUUCAACUGAUGACAAUGCAUAAUAAACGCUACGUUGAUGCACCUAACUGCUCUGUAUUGAAUGAGGCAGAUUCUUUGUGUAGUAGUAUAAGCAGUGAUACUAGAUCUGAUUGUACAGGUUCUGUCAGCAGUAAUCACAGACUGUCUAGGACAAGAGGGUCUACUGUUCAAGCAAUGCUCCAAGAUCAAAUGUCAGAAUUAUCUUAUUUUCAAGGUAGUUUUAGUAGUUUAUGCGUAAUCAUUCUUCAUGAUGAUAGUGUUCAUGAAUCUUUGAAUAGAAGCUCAGAUAAUACUUCAAAAUCUAGUUCGAAAAAGUCAUGUUCCCUGAAAGAAAGAGCAGAGACCUUUUUUAAUGAUUUACAUUCUUUACAAAUUAGUGGGCUAGAUUUCACAGACUUUUCUGCCACUAAAGAACCUCUUUCAAAAUUGUGUGCAACAAAUCACUUAAGAUUGAUGGCUUCUUCAGUUUCUGUUAGAGGAAGUAAACGAUCAUCGUCUGCACAAUGCACAAGUGAUUUCUCUCUCACUUUGGCAAAAUUUGAAGUCUUAGAAUGUUUGUUUAACUCAGCAAAUGUAGCUAAAAAGUUACAACCCUGUGUAUAUGUUCCAAUUUUAGCAUGCAAUCGACAAAUAAACAUGGAUGAUGGAAAUUCUGGAAUUUUUGAAGCCUGUUUUGGUUUAAAAUAUCAGCAAGUUGAAUAUACAACCCAAAGUCGUCUUAUCAAACCUCCAGCCAAUAAAUUAGACAUACAAUUUGGCCCCUUAUCUUGCGAGAUUGACAUUUCACUGACUGAUCGCAUUCAGACACUCUUAAAUUUUCAAGGUUCCUCAAGUCAGUUGGAUGCUAGAAAUGAUUGGAAGGAUUCAGAAUCUACUAGGUCUUCACCAAUAACUGAAGUUUCUGUUUUUAGCCCAGAUUUAACAAUUCACUUAAGAUUUCCUAUUCCUGAUUUACGAUCUGUGCAUGAUAUGGAUCGAGUGCCCUGGUGGCAACAGAAUUUACAUCCUGAAGUUUUGAUCAUAGAAUCAAAAGAUGUCACUUUGAUGACAGCUGUUGAUGAUGAUGCAACUCAGUCUAAAUAUGAAUUGCAGUGCAGAGAUCUUCAUGCUUUAUUUAAAGAAGCGGAGAAUGAGGAACCUGUUUCUUUCCUUCGUGUUUCUGUUGACCCUGAUGUAGAUGAAAUUGCUCAAAAAAAUGGCUUUGGUUUACCCAGGUUAGUGAUACAUCAGUCUACAAAAGUUCCUGGAGCAGAUUUAGAUCCUGGUAUUGAAGAGCAUGAAGAAUUAUGUUCUUAUAGUAUCACUGAUGUAAUAAUGUCAAAUUUAGACACAAAGCCUUCUCCAUUUUCUUCUGCUUCUGUGUUUUAUGGAUCUAGAAUAAAAAACAGAAACACUUCAGAAAAAGAAGAAAACAAAGAUUCACCAGUUGAUCUUGAACAGGUUAUUAAACCAGCUGAUAAAGAAACCAUUCUUCAAUUCAUGGAACAAACAAUUACCCACAGUGAAUAUUUAUAUGAAUUUUCACUUCCAACUGUAAAUCUAGUUUUGCCUAGCAAAGAGUUUUUUGAAUUGAUUUAUAAUAGGUUGGGCAAUGAUCUACUUCUUUGGCAGAAGACAGUAUUAACACCUAAAGCACCUUAUGAUCCUAAUGGGUUUAAGGUUCAUGUACCUGGAUUAGAACUGAAUCCAGCUGCUAUGAGCGAGUUUGGUUCUGAAACUCGUCACAUUUUUAGACCAUUUUCUACUGAUUCUAAUUCUGAUUCAGAAGAAGAUGUGAAUUACUAUUCAUUCUCAGAAUUGAAUUUACGACAAAAACCUAAACACAAAAAGAAUGAAAAUAGCAAUGCUUUCACAAAAAUCUCCAUUACAAUAGGAAUAACUAAAGGAAAUUUGGCUGUAUAUACUCCAAUUCUGGACAGUGCAAAUGAGGUAAUUCCAGAUGUUUGUGGAAAACUUUUAUUGUCAGCUGAAGAAGGUCAUCUCUUUAUUGCUUCUUCUUACAAGGGUGAUGAUAAUGAAGCUUACUUCUGUGUUUUAGCUGAAAAAAGUACUUUAUAUCAUAAUGCUUUUCUGAAGGCAGAUAAACUUCCAAUUGUUCAACCAUUAAGUAGAAGUCAACCUCAAAACAUGCAGCGCAUUAUUUAUAAAACAGAUCCAACAAUGCGUCUGAAAACUUCAACUUGUGAGGCUUUUCGAAAUGGUGAUAUGCUUAAAAUAUCUGUUAAUAUUCACCACACUCCAAAACAACAAUUAAAAUCUUUUAAGGUGGCAAUUGAUAUCUCUGAUGCUACCCUUCGACAUUACAUGCAUCCUAGCAAUCAAAUGUGGAUUAACCAAAUGAUAGAUUUCUUAAAAGUGCAUGAUUUACCUGUGAAUGGUUAUGUGCCAUCAGCUGUUGUGACAGAAUUUCAUUUGAAUCUGAGCAAUUGUGCCAUUGAUUACAGACCUCUGAAGCUGCCAGUUCAAUCUGUGAUAACUGUAGAAAAUUUCAACAUGUCCUGCAACAUUGCUGCUACAACAUCGACAUUUUUAUUCAGGCUAAUAUCUGAUGAAAUGAGAUUGUUUGUUUCAAAUGAAGUUACAAUCAAGAUUCCUGACCUGAAAAAAAAUUAUAUUUGUGUCAUUGAUUCAGGCUUAAUAGAUGUCUCCAUACGAACAAGUGUAAAUGAUAAGGAUGGACCCAGAUUAGAUGUUUGUUUGACAAAUAACAUAAUCUCUGUCAGAACUUGUGCUGAUUCACUGAGAGCUCUUAUUGAUCUGCUUGAGUAUGUAAGUGCCAGUGGAGAUUUGGAAAGUUGCAAAUCUGAAGACAAAAAGGAGAGUAAAGAAAUAAAAUGUACCUUUGUGAAAGAUGCUGAUGUGGAGAAUUUAAAUCUUUUAAUGGCUGAAGCUAUGAAAGAUGUACCUAAAGAAUUUUAUUCAGAACGAAGUGGUGAAAUUGCUGAUAAGAAAUCAGAUGAUCAACUGCAUAUUAAUACUGAUGAUGAAUUUUGUAUACUUGAAGAUGAUCCUGGUGUUGGAGUCCUCCCAAAAAAUGGUGAACCACAGGUUCGUAUUUUGACAAAAGAACCUAUACAGAUAAUCGAAAAUCACUUCUCUGUGCCUCCAGGGAAAUCUGAUGUAUUAAAAGCACCAAAACACUUCCCUGAUCCAUUAGAUACAUUUACUUUGCGUGAGAUGUCUCUUAGCUGGCACUUUUAUGGUGGAAGUGACUUUAAACGAAAGAAGAGAAGCUCUAGAAACAAAAAGAAAGAUGCUGGAGUUACUUUUAGUGAUUCAAAGUCUGUUAUUGUUGAUAGUAAUCAAUCUACUGUGACAUUUUGUAAAAUAUCAAAUAUUACCCCUCUGUCUGGCACAAGUGUAACAUAUUCCACUGAACACAUACCUAUUGAUCAUAUUGAGGAACAAUCAUUGGAAACAUGGUUGACUAUGGGUGGAGCAAAUCGCAAUCAUGAUGUUCUAAUGGAGCUACAUAUGAGGAAGAUGAAAUUUGAAAGGGAUGUAUAUCCAGAGGAUAAUGAAUAUGCAUCUAGAUAUGUAUUAUUAGUAGAGGACAUAGAAAUUAGGGACAAAUUAAAAUCUUCGAAUAUUAAUAAAUUUUUAUAUCAAUAUUCAAGUCAAAAAAUUCCACGGCAGUCAAAUGCUAAUAUGGUUGAAGUUAAAGCACUUUAUACAAGACCAGAUCCAAGUUGUCCAAGUGAAGAAUGCUCCUUACAUGUGUCUUGUAAACCAUUGAGGUUAAAUAUAGAUCAGGAUUCUUUGAUAUUCCUUGUCAAGUUUUACAAAGAAGUACUUGGUCAGUCUUCAGAAGAGAGUACAGAAGAUGCCAAAGAGAAAAGUGCAAGUGUUUCUUCCAGUCAGGUGAUAAAUGUGCCUUUGACGCAAUCUAAUUCUAAUCCUAAUGCUGAAACUUUUUACAGAGUUUUCUCCUUUUCACCUGAUGUUCUAAUAAGAAUUGAUUACCAGGGAAAACAUGUUGCCAUGGACUGUGGACCUUUAGCUGGCUUAUUACUUGGUUUAGGACAACUAAAUUCUUCAGAGAUAAGAUUGAAACGUCUUUGUUAUCGUCAUGGCCUUUUGGGCCAUCAUAAAGUGCUACAAUAUGCAGUUAACGAGUGGCAACAAGAUAUAAUAAAGAAUCAGUUGCCAAGCAUUUUGGGAGGUGUUGGGCCUAUGCAUUCAUUUGUACAAUUGUUUCAAGGAGUCAAAGAUUUUUUUUAUCUGCCCGUUGCUCAUUACCAAAAAGAUGGUCAGAUUAUCAGAGGAUUUCAACGUGGUGCUUCUUCAUUAUCAACUUCAACACUUAUGGCAAUUCUUGAAUUAACUAAUGGAUUAGUCAAAACAAUCCAUGGUGUAGCUUCUUUUGGAUAUGACAUGGUUUCUCCUGGGCCUAGUAAAUUCCAAAAAUCUAAAGAAACAUUUCGUCAGAUUACUCAGCCAGCAGAUGUCAGAGAAGGCCUCACUAAUGCUGUUAAUGUUUUUAGAAUGGGUGUGACUGAUAUGUCUCGUGAUGUAUAUAUUGCUGCUUCUGCUGAACAUGAACACAAGGGUGUCCCUGGUGCUAUAGGUGGUGUCCUUCGUCAGAUACCUAAAGUUGUAAUUAAACCUGUUAUAGUGGGUGCUGAGGCAACUAAUUUAGUGUUAGAUGGUGUACGUCAUCAGUUAAUGCCUGAUGCUCAUCAAGAAGACAUUCAUAAAUGGCGGACGAAAACUUGUUAACAUUUCACUCUUUCUGUUAUUGUGAUAAAUGCUUUAAUAUUAAAAGAAGCUAUAUUUUAAAUAUAACUGAUUUGCUUAAAAGCAUAUUUAUUGUGUACAUUUGCUGACACGUUUUAAUUUUAUAUUGUGUAAAAACAUUGGAGUCAUGUACAUAAUGUGUGAAUUAGAAAGAGGACAAGAAUGGAAGCUAUAUGUUUUACAUACUGACUGUUUAAAUUUGUGUUAUUGCUGUUAAAUGUCUUUAAUGAUAUUUUUGGAACUACUUUGUGGUAAUAAUGUAGCCUAAAUUUAGCUUGAAUGAUAAUGAUAAUAGUAAUUACUGCAUUGAUAGGUGAUUUGCAAUAUAUAAAUAUCUCGAUUGUCAACUUCACAUGCUUUAUCCUAUGCCUAAAAAGAUAGCAAGAUAAAACACAUAAUUUAGAUGCUCCCUUUUAUAUCAUUUUUACAAAGGCUAACUUACCAGUUUUAAAUGAAUUCAAAAUAGGUAAAAAAAAAAAAAAAAAAAAAAAACUAUUUUAUGGUGGAUUUUUUCCCCCCCCCAAUUAGAGAUAGGAUAUCUCUUUGAAUCCAUAUUUAGAUAAAUCGAACUUUCAUUUGUUAUUUUUCCAAAAGUAAAGUUAUUUUAUUUUUUUGAAAAUUUUUUAGAAACAAUAUAUAUAAUCUUAUCUCUUUUUACGUAUAUUUGGUGAUUUUGCUCUGUUUUUGUUUUUUUGUUUGGUUGCUUGUUUAAUCUGCCAUUUGAAAUGUGAUAGUAUUUGUAUUUAAUAUAUGGUGCUGGAAAAUCAAAUUUUUAUGCAAUAAAUUUGCUUUAUGCACCAACUAGCAAAAUAUAGUUGUACAUUGUUAAACAGAUUUCUGUCAUAGUCUUUACUUAUUGUGUGACUUUAAAUAAUGUAAAUAUUUUGUUUAUAGUAGCAAAGCUUUUAAAUGUAAUA